AUGGAGGAGCAUUACAAAGCGCGUGGUAUUGAGCUCAACGAGGCGCGCCUGCGUAUGGCGGCACUGCCGUCGCCCGCCGACGAGGUGCUGUUCACGCCGGGGCUGUGGGUGCCGCUGGCGGUGGUGGACCGGGUGUACGUGCUGCCGGGUAUACCGAGGCUCUUCCAGGCCAUGGUGUCCGCACACCAGGACCGCUUCGUUGGGCCCCUCAGCAGCACGCGGCUGCUGUACACGCACCUGGGGGAGGGGGACGUGGCAGAUCCGUUGGCUGAGGUUGCCAAGGCACACACGGGGGUCAGCAUCGGCUCGUACCCCAACACCGCGUCGGGCGAUGCUGCGGACGCCUAUAAGGUGAAGCUCGCCUUCACCAGCAGGGACGCGGGGGCACUGGACGCUGCCCUCGCGGCGGCCAGGGCGGCGCUGCCUGAGACGUUUGAGUUGGAUGCAGCGGCGACACAGUAA